AUGUCCGGAGGUUCCAAGCAACCGCAUGGUAGUGUCGAAUCUGAUAAAGCACUUGGGCAAUCAGUUUCGUCAGCCUCCACUCCAACAGGUAAACGCCAGAAGCGUAAGUUUAAGCUGCAGGAAAAGCUGCUAAUCAUGGAGCAGCUAGAUGCACUCGUCCACCGUCGCGGCGUAGCGAAAGGUAAGGUAACCAAAAUUUUUAAUACUUGCCAUUCCGACGACGGUACCCUUACCCUAACCGAAGCUCAGGUAAAAGUUUACACUCGAAAGCUAGAAGCCGCCUAUGCUGAGUAUCUAAAGAUUCAGGAUCAGAUAAUAGGCAUGGUGUCCGCUGAUGAGCGUGAACCGCACGACGAGCAUUUUGACACCUUUGAUAGUUUGCACGAUGAAGUAUCUAUCAUUCUCGAAGAGCAAGCUAGUAGGUUUAUUCCUAGUUCCCAUGCCUUGGCUGCAAACGCCAGCCAAUUUCAAGCCGUUGCUGUUCCGCAAGCACCUGUCGUGGUACAUCAACCUCUCCGAAUGCCAAUUCCCACGUUUGACGGUCGCUACGAAAGUUGGCCGAAAUUUAAAGCGAUGUUCAAAGACCUAGUAGAUAGAGGUCCUGAUCCGCCAGCAGUAAAACUAUACCACCUAGAUAAGUCAUUGAUUGGUAGUGCAGCUGGUCUAAUAGAUGCAAAGACCAUCAAUGAAGGCAAUUACGCUCAUGCAUGGCAACUGCUGGAGGAAAGGUACGAAAACAAACGUCACUCAAUCGACAAUCAUAUAAGUGGACUGCUCAACCUAAAGCGAAUGUCGAAAGAGAACCACAGUGAGUUACGAAAUCUGGUUGAUGAAUGUACCCGACACGUAGAAAGUUUAAAAUACCUGGAACAAGAGUUUACUGGUGUAUCGGAACAGAUUCUGGUCCAUCUGUUAGCAAAGGCUCUAGAUAAAGAGACCCGAAGACGUUGGGAGACAACCAUCGUUCAUGGUGAAUUGCCUCAGUAUGCUGAUACCCUCAAGUUUCUGAAAGAUCAGUGCUUUGUUUUAGAGCGUUGUGAAUCGACAACGAAGCCCCAACAAACUCAAUCGAAAACAGUUGUAACAGCGAAACCAAAUUCCCAAAAAUCAUAUGCGAUUACUUCUAGCGAGUACGAAGUCAAGUGUGACUUCUGUAGUAAACCACAUGCAAACUUUACCUGUUCCGAAUUUAGAUCCCUUUCCAUACCGCAGCGACUAGCCAAAGUACGUGAGAAAAGGGUUUGCUUUAAUUGUCUGAGAAAAGGGCAUCAAGGUAAGAAUUGCCCAUCAGAUAAGACUUGCUUCAAGUGCAAGCGACGUCACCAUAGUCUGCUCCAUUUAGAGGAAAAGCCACAAGCAACCGAAGAAAAUUCUCCUGCUCAAGUAGAAGCAUCAGCGAUGCAAGAUGAAAACAAACAGCCAAGUCAGUCACAAUUAACAACCGCUACCUGUUCAUCUAGUAAGACCAGACCAAAGCAGCAUGUGCUGUUGCUCACGGCCGUAGUAGAUGUCAUCGAUGCAAACUGCAAUUCCCACCCCGUUAGAGUUUUACUUGACUCAGCCUCGCAAGCUAACUUGGUAUCUAGAUCUAUGGUAGAAAUUCUAGGCUUGAAGCAGCGUCCAUCCAAUGUAGUUGUAGCAGGAGUAAACAACAUAAAGAGCCAUGCUUCGAGCAGUUGCGUCGUAACAGUACACUCGCGAUACUCCAAUUUUGUAGCUGACGUGAGUUGCUUAGUGACAGACAAAGUCACAGCCGACUUGCCAUCCACAUCCAUCGAUGUAGGUUCAUUGAACCUUCCGACCGGUGUGCGACUAGCAGAUCCACAAUUUUACCAGAAGGGUAAGAUCCACAUGCUGCUAGGAAAUCAAUUGUUCCUCAAAUUGAUACUGCCAGGCGAAAUCACGCUUUCUGCUAACACUCCGAUCUUACGAGAGACACAGUUUGGUUGGGUUGUCGGUGGUACCUAUGAUGAAAGUCCAACUGCUGUUCCAGUGGUCCAUUCGCAUUCCGUCACCCUUGAGGAUUUGAAAUCUUCUAUCGAAAGAUUUUGGGAAGUAGAAGAUGUGCACGGCAGUUCAAAGCGUGGCAGCGAAGAAGAAGAGUGUGAACUGCAUUUUCAGACCACCCAUCGACGGGACGCAACUGGUGGAUAUAUCGUACAGCUGCCUUUGCGUGACACAAUAAGCGAGCUUGGUGAUUCCCGUUCCGUAGCAUUGCGAAGAUUCCGUGCAAUGGAAAGAAGAUUUGCUCAGCUGCCAGAGCUGAACUGCCGCGUGGUGUUUGACGCUUCUGCAAAGGUCUCUGGUUGUUCCCUGGAUGACGUACUAAAGGUAGGUGCCAUUAACCAGAGUGAUUUACAGUCUAUAGUGCUCCGCUCCGCAUUAUUUGGGUUCAAUGACCUCAUCAAAACUUCCACCGCACAAGAACAGUUGAUUGAACUUCUUUCCUCCGGUGGCUUCCAUCUGCAUAAAUGGUCGUCAAACAGUGUCGAAUUGCUGGAAAAGAUUCUUGAGGUUGAUCGUGAAGAAGUAGUAUCCGUCGGCACAAACGAAGCAAUCAAAACGCUGGGUUUAAUGUGGAACCCUACAUCAGAUGAGUUGAUGUUUAUUUCGUUUCCUAUGUCCAACACUGAGGUAGCAACCAAAAGACAACUGUUAUCAGUGAUAGCACGAAUGUACGAUCCAUUAGGUUUAGUAGCACCGGUGAUCGUUAUCGGGAAACUCUUGAUGCACAAAACCUGGAAAGAGGAAAUUGAUUGGGAUGACGUAAUCACUGGUGAAUUGAAGCAAGAUGUUGAUAAUUACCUGAAAGCCAUAAGUGGUGUCAACACAAUUCGUAUUCCACGCCAGGUGGUGCGUUCAAAUGCCACUGUCGUUGAGCUGCACGGUUUUGCCGAUGCUUCCAUGUACGCUUAUGGAGCGUGCAUUUUUAUUAGAUCUGUUGUUCCUGGAAAUCAAGUUGCCGUUCAGUUAUUGACCGCAAAAUCAAAAAUAGUACCAAAGAGUGUACUCACCGUUCCUCGUAAAGAAUUGCUUGCGGCCCUUUUGUUACACCGCUUAGUGAAGAAAAUCCUUUCUGCAUUGAAUACUGUAUUCGAUGAAAUAGUUUUGUGGUCUGACAGCCAAAUUGUGCUCGCAUGGUUGCAGAAAAAUCCCAGCCUACUAGAUGUGUUCGUUUCCAACCGUGUGAGUGAGAUUAUCGCUACCGGUGAUAAAUUUCGUUGGUGUUAUAUUAACACAAAAGAAAAUCCUGCUGAUUUGGUUUCUCGUGGGGUAUCUGCUGAUAAGUUGAUGGAAAAUAAUCUUUGGUGGUAUGGUCCAAGAUUUUUGCGUAAUGAGAUGUAUGAUACGCCAGCGCCGGAGCCGUUGGCUAAUGAAGACGUUCCUGAGUUGAAGGGUGUUGUCAGCGUACAUGCGGUGGUUAGCCUAGAACCUUUGCCCGUAUUCGACAAAUUUGAAUCGUUUCGAAAGCUGCAGCGUGUGUUAGCAUAUGUGUUACGCUUUUAUCGAAAUUGCAAGGAGAAGACAAAAAUGAAUCGCGUGUUGGAGCGAUACCCUACUGUGGCAGAACUACGAGCGGCAAUGGAUACUUUAGUGCGUGUGCUGCAAUAUCAGUACUUAGCAGAUGAAAUUGAAAGAGUGAAGGCGGGAGCGAAGCAUGAGCUUCAUGAGUUAUACCAGCUUUUCAAACAGCAACAGACCGAGCAGAAAAUUUUUGAAUUUUGUUACCCUCGACAAAUUCGCUGGAAGAUGAUACCACCGAAUGCGCCGCACAUGGGCGGAUUGUGGGAAGCCGGAGUGAAGAGUACCAAGACAAUUUUGAGGAAGAUUUGCCAAUCAGCUUUACUCACCAUGAUCGAGUUUGUCACUUUACUUUGCCAGAUUGAAGCGCUUUUGAAUUCAAGGCCAUUGUACGCUUCAUCUGACGAUCCAGCGGAUUUGGAACCCCUCACACCAGGUGAUUUCGCAAUCGGUAGACCGUUGAAUGCAAUUCCAGAGCCAACAUACGACAAAAUUCCAUUGAACCGUCUCUCUCGUUGGCAAUAUGUGCACAAUUUACGACAAGCAUUCUGGAAACGGUGGUCUCGCGAAUAUUUGAUGAAGUUGCAGACAAGAUGCAAAUGGACUCGCAAACAUUCAAAUCUGCAGAAAGAUAUGAUAGUUUUGGUCAAAGAAGACAACCUACCACCACAACUUUGGAAGAUGGGAAGAAUCGAAAGAACAUACCCGGGUGCGGACAACAUGGUUAGGACUGUGGAGCUACGAACCAAGGCUGGUUUGUUGAUGCGACCAAUUCACAAACUUGCACCAUUACCGAUUCUGGACAAUCAACCUUCGGGUGAUGAAGUCGACGAUUCCCCGGGGGAGGAUGUUCGAGCAGUUACCUACAGCUCGAUGUAA